GAUAUAGGUAAUCUUUGGGGUUAGAAAGCUCAAUUUUUUAAACUUCUAUAAGUUUGUUUAGCUUGAAAAUAGGGGAAUGACUGGCGGAGGCUGCGAGGAGAAGAUAUUUGUGUCGGUGAGGUUGAGGCCUUUGAAUGAGAAGGAGAUUGCAAGGAACGAUGUGUGUGAUUGGGAAUGCAUCAAUGAAGAUACCAUCAUUUUCAAGAACUGUAAUCUUCCACUUCCAUUUCGCUCCAUGUACUCAACUGCCUACACUUUUGGAGUGACUGCUCCACAAAAAAAGGUGUAUGAGAAAGAAGCCAAGGACGUUGCUCUUUCAGUUGUCAGUGCUAUUAACUGCAUAAAUUUCAGCUACUGUUUUGGAUACGGACAAACAAGCAGUGGGAAGACAUUCACGAUGGCGGGAAUUACUGAGUAUGCCAUAGCAGAUAUUUAUGAUUAUAUAGAGAAGCACAAUGAAAGAGAAUUUCUUUUGAAGUUCUCUGCUAUGGAGAUUUACAAUGAAUCUGUCAGGGACCUCCUCAGCACAGAUAGUUCUCCACUUAGACUUCUAGAUGAUCCCAAGAGAGGGACAGUUACUGAGAAACUCUCAGAGGAACCUCUCAGGGACUGGAAUAAUGUAAUGGAACUCCUCUCCAUCUGUGAAGCUCAAAGACAAAUAGGGGAAACUGCCCUGAAUGAAACAAGCUCCAAAUCUCAUCAAAUAAUCAGAUUGACAAUUGAAAGUUCUGCUCGGCAAUUUUUAGUCAAGGACUACUUAAGCACCCUUACAGUUGCUGUGAAUUUUAUUGAUCUUGCAGGAAGUGAGCGUGCAUCUCAGUCAUUAUCAGUUGGCACCAGGCUAAAGGAGGGUUGCCACAUAAAUCGUAGUUUACUGACCCUGGGAACUGUUAUCUGCAAGCUAAGCAAGGGAAGAAAUGAGCAUGUUCCUUUCAGAGAUUCUAAGCUAACUCGCAUAUUGCAAUCCUCGUUGGGAGGCAAUGCUAGAACUGCCAUCGUCCGUACCAUGAGCCCCGCGAGAAGUCAUGUUGAGAAAUCAAGAAAUACGCUAUUGUUUGCAAGUUGUGCGAAAGAAGUAACAACUAACACUCAAGUUAAUGUAGUCAUAUCAGAUAAAGCAUUAGUAAAGCAUCUGCAGAGACAAUUAGCUAGGUUGGAGAGUGAACUGAGAAGUCAAGGGCCCACCUUUGUUGCAUCACAUUAUUUGGCAUUACUGAGAGAGAAAGGCCUUCAGAUUGAAAAGUUGGAGAAGGAGAUGAUAGAUCUGACUGUUCAACGAGACUUAGCUCAAUGUCAGGUUCAGGAUUUGCUACAACUGGUUGGGGAUGAGGGACAUUCAAUGACAUGGGUAGGUUUUAAUAACUACCCACACUUGCUAGUUCGGGAGUCACCGGAAUUUGAAAAUCCAGUACCAGAGACAUCCUCUUUGGCAAGUCCUCACUCCUUGGACAUUGGUGUUAGAUCAGUCAAGCGAUCUCUUUAUUCUUAUGGACAUAGUGGGAGAAGCUCUGAUGAUCACUGCAUACAAAUUCUUCCUGAAUUUGAAGAGAACUUUGUGCCGAAUGAUACUUCUCCACGGCUGUUGGUCGGUGUUUCUAUGUUUAUCCGACGCAAUUCUGGACGGAGUUGGGACAUGGGACUUUGGAGGAUUUAUGCAAGGAAGUUUGAUGCAUAGAGGUAGAAGAAUCGAAUAGAUCAUCAUCUCCUGAACAAAGCACUGAAAUCUCUGAAUCGAUGGUGGCUGGGAACAGAGACACAAUAGAUCAGGAGUUCGUGUCACCGCCAUUAAAGGAAGAUAGUAUGUUAAGUUAUAUCCCCCAUUUCAUUGCUCAUUCUCAUGAAAAACCAUCUCCAUGGCCAUUAACAGAGUACAUGUCUGGCUCUCAAAGCU